UCUGCGAGACGUUCGGAGUGUGACGCUGUAAAGAGCAUCAGGCAGUCAGUCGGUCCCUGGAAACAGUAGAAAAAAGUAGAGUCAUCAUGUAAUAUUGAUGCAUCCAGAGUUGCGCGGGUGCCUCGGGUUAAACCAAGCGGAUUGACGCGCGCGUUAAACCCGCCGCAUGUGAUUUCUCUUCCCCGAGCUUCAGUCAUUUUGGCAGCACGAUGCGAGGCAGAGACGGAGCCGAGCGGCCGGACCCUCUGCCAGAGAUGUCGACGGAGGAGAGGAAUCCCUGAAACCCGAACCGCUGCCCAGGAAACACACACACACACACACACCAAAAAAAAAGAAAAAGAAAUAUGGACAAAUCCUGCGUUUUUCUUCCCGUGCGAGUGUGCUUGUGGCUCGUCUUUACCUCUCGGUGUUGUCUUCUUCUUUUUUUCUUUUUUUCAACGUGCACAGCGCCACAGAGUAUAGUGAGUGGACCAGGAUGCCGUGUGGGCGAUGCUGCCACAAGGGAUACAUUGUGAUUUCUUUUUCUUUUUUCUUUUUUCUUCCCCCUGCUGAGAUGUUUUAGCCACCGUUGCAUAAAUUAAGAUAAGAAAAAAAAAGCCCGUCACAUGAGGGAUUGGAGUCCAAAGGGAUCUUAAAAAAAAAGAGAGAGACAUCGCCACCUGUUACUAGAAAAAUCAGCACAGCCACCGAUCCCUCACUGAACGUUAGCCUCAUUCUGCUCUUCAGCAUCAGCUCCACUGGGAAUUAUCCUCCAUCCAGCCAGGAGAGGUGACAGCGCUGCUCUCCCCACCGCCCAGGUUUGACAGCCAUGAUUCGGGAAGACCCUCUGCUGUGGCUCAGAUCAGGGAUCAACUCGCUGCUCGAUGGCUAGAUCUCACCGUCCAAAGAGCUGGGGGCCUUUCUACUGAGUAUCCCUCACUGCAUUGUAGCACAUGGAUUUCAAGACUUCAAAUGAAGAGACAAAGACUGGGAUUUAUUUGAUGCAAGAAGGUAAUGAGGAGCCGUUUAAUAUUCGACUACACUUGGCCAAAGAUAUUCUGACCAUUCAAGAGCAAGAUGUCAUCUGUGUGUCGGGAGAGCCUUUCUACUCGAGCGAGAGGACUGUAACGAUCCGGAGGCAGACAAUUGGAGGGUUCGGUCUGAGCAUCAAGGGUGGAGCAGAGCACAAAAUCCCUGUUGUGAUAUCAAAAAUAUCAAAAGAACAAAAAGCUGAACUCUCUGGCCUGCUGUUCAUCGGAGACGGCAUCCUUCAGAUAAAUGGAAUAAACGUUAGAAGUUAUCGCCACGAGGAAGUGGUCCAGGUUUUGAGAAACGCUGGUGAAGAAGUGACUCUCACCGUCUCGUUCCUGAAGAAGACUCCAGCCUUCCUGAAACUGCCCCUGUGUGAGGAUUGCACGUGCAUCCCCAGCGACCAGAGUAGUGGGACCUCCUCUCCUCUGUGUGAUAGUGGCCUGCACUUGAACUACCAUCCGAACAACACGGACACGCUGUCCUGCUCGUCCUGGCCCACGUCACCGGGGCUGCGCUGGGAGAAGAGAUGGGUGGACCUGCGCCUUAUUCCGCUGCUUCACUCUCGCCUGUCGCAGUACAUCCCGGGCUCUGACGCCUGCAGGAAAAAUGCCUUCCAGGUCAUAGCUGUGGACGGCGUCUGCAGCGGAGUCGUGCAAUUUCCCACUGCUGAAGACUGCUUGGACUGGCUUCAGGCGAUAGCCGGCAACAUUUCUAAUCUCACCAAGCACAAUGUGAAGAAGAUUAACCGCAACUUUCCAGUUAACCAGCAGAUCAUCUACAUGGGCUGGGUUGACGAGAAGGAGCAGGACUCCGUUCAGGACCGAAUGUAUUCACCAAAGUUCCUCGCCUUGAGGGGUUCCUCACUCUUCAAGUUCUCAGCGCCUCCUGUGACGACAUGGGACUGGACCAGGGCAGAGAAAAGCUUUACGGUGUAUGAGAUCAUGUGCAAGAUUUUAAAGGAUAAUGACCUUCUGGAUAAGAGGAAGCACUGCUUCAGCGUCCAGACGGAGAGCGGGGAGGACUUGUUCUUCAGCGUGGAGCUGGACAGCGAGCUGCUGAUCUGGGAAAAAGCCUUUCAGAUGGCCACUUUCCUGGAGGUGGAGAGGAUACAGUGUAAAACAUAUGCCUGUAUCAUGGAGAGCCACCUCAUGGGACUGACAGUUGACUUCAGCAUGGGCUUUGUCUGCUUUGAUGCUGCUUCAAAGGCCGUUCUGUGGAGAUACAAGUUCUCUCAACUGAAAGGAUCGUCCGAUGACGGGAAAAGCAAGAUCAAGUUUUUGUUCCAAAACCAAGACUCCAAAUCUAUUGAAGCAAAGGAGCUCGAGUUCUCGAACCUCUUCGCCGUGCUUCAUUGCAUUCACGCUUUCUUCGCUGCCAAAGUUGCUUGCCUGGACCCGAUGUUUGUGGAGAGCCAAGGCAGCGCGACUACCACCGGGUUUCCUUCUCUUUCCACUAUCUCGUGUAACUCGCAGACUCCUAAACUCAAGUACGCCACUUGACAGGCGCUGCUCUCCUGAGACACCCUCUAAAAGGACGCCGCACUUAGCGGCGACUGCGGGCCUAAAACGGUGGACGGGGAGAAGUGGAAAGUGUUUUGGAGGACAGCUGUAUGCUUCGCUGGAAUAAAAGACCUUUUCUGGGGGUGAUAUACUUGAUACCUUUCUGGGAUUUUCUGGACCUAAAACAUGAACCUCUUUGAGAAACUUCCGGAAAAAACUAACAAAAAAAACAAACAAAAAACAAACAAAAAAAGGCUCCAUGGACGCAAAGUGUGCCAUUACAGAAAAAAAAAGUUUUUAAGUGAACUGUCCUCUUGAUCCUCAGACAUCCUUAUAAUCGACACAUCACGACGAAGAAGAAUUCUUUUCCCGAGGUAGUCUGCUUUUCUAUGUCAUUUUAUUCAAGUUUUGAAGAUUUGAAGAGUUAAAAAAAAUAAUAAAUCAGAUUUUAGCCUGUUUUUUUCUUUUUUCUGUUCCACGUGAGACGGUACGACACUUGAACCUGGGUGAGGAUUUGUCCGGAGGCUGAACAUGACGGCGUAGUACAGCCACGCUUUUGGUAUUUCCAUCUUUUGUGUGUUCUUGAGAUGAAAACCUUCACCUUACUGUCAUUACUUCCAUCAGCAGUACUAUUUAUUGUCCACUGGAGCGUAAUUAGAGACGAACUAAACUGAUCUGGUAGAUAAAAGAGUGCACCAGAUCGGUUUCUUAAACUGAGUGACCUCAUAUAUUUUUCUCCGUGUACGACACAGUGGGCAGAAUAUCACUUUUUUUCCUGGAUCUAUGGACAGAAAGGCUGUUUUGAAAGUGUAGUUUUCUAUUGUGCGGACGAAGAGCGAACACUUUGAUAAUCAGGUUCACGCCACCGUUAUCUGACAACACCACUCCGAACAUGAUUAAAAACACCUUCCAUCAUGUUUAUAGCAUUAUCCAACCCCCCACACACCAAAACUUGAUUAUGUAAAUAAACACUGACAUUCAAAUGAACUCAAAGAUUUAUGAAUUGCGGUGAUUACUCGAGGGAUUACUUGUCGGGAUUAUGGCAUUUGUUAAUUUGAUGUGCGCCGGAGAGUUAGGUAGGUAGGUAGGUAGCUCAUAACCUCGUGCUCUCUUCAUCAUUUUUACUCUGUGGACCAAUUUAGAAGAAGAAUUCCAAAUCAGCUAUGGUGUAUUUUUCAGAAAAUGUUAUCCUUUUUUUUAAAAUUUCUUUUUGGAUUGUAAAUAAAGACACACCGUGAGGAAAAUAUAAAAAUAUGUAGCGUCAUGACCUCCAAAGGUUCAGGACCCCCCCUCCCCCCUUUAAACUUCACUCUGCGUUAAACUGUUUAUAAAUGCAGUGGAGUGCCAACUAAACUAUCAUACUCGACAAGAGUUCAGGUCAAUUAGCGCAAUUAGUCAUGCUCUUACCUUCCAUUUACAGAGUAGAAUGCAAACAGAAGAGGCCCAUGGGUAAGUAAACUCUAGAGGACGGUAAAUUAAAUGGGAUCAGUAAAGUGCUCGGUGCCGUGCGGGGCUUGUUAAGCUGACACGAGUAUCUGAGGGAGACUAAUGGUGGUGCGGUCUAUGCAAAGAAAGCCUGAAUGAUUGCUCUUGUGCUUUAAAAAAAAAAAAAAAAAAAUUAAAAAUCAUCUCGGUUGCGUACCCUUCCAACACAGGAUCUAGAGAAGUGAGGUUUAUUUUAUUUUUUCGGCAGAUGUUUUAUUAACAAAUAAUGCUGUGUAAUAAAUGAAUAAAUAGGAACUUUUAUAACAUGG